AUGGGUGCAGAACCAGCAUUCUUGGCUUUGGCAGCGCACCUCAAACGGCAGAAUUACACCUUCAUCUGCCCGACACCCGAGAGUCAUGGGAGGGUCGUUGCCAAGAGGAUCCAAAGUCCGGAAAGGCGAGAUGUAACGAAUCUUGAGGACCUUUUUGGCUGGAGUUUGAAGGCCGAUAGGAACACCAUAGACCAGCUACUCCCUCCGGAGUUACUGGAGCAGUUGCUGAAGGCGUCUGUGAUCACCCCAGUGGAGAGCGAAGAUCGCCUCAAAUCCGAGUAUCGACUAUCGAAUCUAUAUUUGCCACACAUACAAGAUGGCACCAGUGCCCCUCAGAUGUACUACAUCCAUUCGGCCUUUCCAACCACGCAGUCCGAUGCCGUGUUCUUCGGGCCGGACACGUACCUUUUCCUAGACUUCUUGUCCCAAGCGAGCAGAUACUUUGGGGCAACCCCACCGCGAGUUGUUGUCGAUGUCUGCUGUGGUUCCGGCGCCGGUGCCAUCCAUAUGGCUCGCAGUCUCCCGAGCAGCAAGGUCAUUGGACUGGAUCUCAAUCCUAAAGCGCUGACCUUGGGCAAGAUCAAUGCCAAGUUGGCGGAUUGCCAGGUUGACUUCGCGGAGUCAGACCUUUUCGUGGCUGUGAAGUCAAGAGAAGAUAUCGACCUCGUGGUAAGCAAUCCACCGUACAUUGCUUCUUCGGAAGACAGCGACGUGCCUAUGUACGCAGCCGGAGGCGCUGAGCAGGGUCUCGCCUUGCCUCUCCGCAUUGUUUCGGAGGGCAUCCAGGCGUUGGCUGUAGGCGGGCUUCUGAUGAUCUAUACGGGCCUUCCGGUAUUCUACGAGAAGCCUGGCCAUGACCCAUUCCUCCAACGUAUACGGGAGGUCGAGGGCGGGGAGUUGGUGGCUUAUCGAAUUAUCCAUCCGGACAUGUUUGGGGAGGAGCUGUCUUCGCCGCCUUAUGCGGAUACGGGAAGGAUACAAGUUGUUGGAGCCGUAAUGAGGAAAACAAGGAGUUGA